AUGUUUUCACAGAAUGGGUCUGCUUUGGGAGCAGAAGAGCGCUUUCAGGAUCAGCUUUUAACACCGUUGCAUCCGCAUACGAUUCUGCUUAAAGAUGGCGAGACUGUAGCUACAAUGUACCCUAUACCAGCGAAUGCAGAUCUACUACCGAUGGGACUGUUGGCAUUUUUAUUAGACGAGUUUAAUAUGGAGAUUGAGAAAGGCGAUAGCUUCCCAUACUACGAAACGCUGUCUCUGGAACAGUUUAAAGAUGCCUGGUUUCAUCCAGACGGUCAUAUUGCCAUCAUGGUGCUGGGGGAAAUACCAGAGCUUGACUAUAGUAUGGAGAAUGAUCUUACGGACCUAGAGAAUAAUUAUGGUACAGAUAUAGAGACGAUGAGACACACGUCACAGUAUAAGAAAAGGAAGGAACGCCGAAACCUGAGUUUAAACAUUCAGUGGGAGAAACAGUGCCUGGGAAUAUUCUCGUUACAACCUGCGUAUCCAGGUCGGUCUUCCCAUGUAGUGACGGGCACUUUUCUGGUCAACGCAGGUAUUCGAGGCAAGAGGAUUGGACGUACGUUAGUGGAGACAUUUAUUGAAUGGUCGAAGAGGCUUGGAUUCACUUCUUGCUAUUUUCCACUAGUAUACGGAACGAACGUGGGGAUUCGACGAAUCCUUGAAGGUUUAAAUUUUAAAAGAAUUGGUAAAUUACCUGAAGCAGGGAUACUGAAGGGAUUUGAUGUACCUGUAGAUUCUUUCAUUUACGGCAAGGAGUUUACACACAUCACUAGAAGUAUAGAUCUGUUACGAGAUCCACAAAAGACGAAUGAUAUUGCGAAGUAUGAGCGACUGAAAUUUUACUUGGAGACAGGCAAGUAUCCUGCAAACUGUGACCGUAACGAAAAAGCUCGACUGCGAGUGAGCUCCAGGACCCAUUCGUUACUCAAUGGAAAACUGAUGACCAGGGGACGAGAGAUUGUGUUUGAGCCAGAUAAACAGCGACAAAUUGCACUCGAUAUGCACGCCGUAGAGCAUCAGGGUAUCAACAAGAUCACUACACGGAUUGUUGAGAGGUAUCAUUGGAAAGGAGUCAAGAAUACAGUGUCAGAAGUGAUUGCACAGUGUCAAAAAUGCAAAUUAAGACACCAGGAUGGUGUUGGGGUGAUUGUGAAGCCGAACAAGUCCGUUAAACAAGCUCAUAUGUUUGCAACAAGCGCCAGUCCACUGGAUGAAGACCUCGAUCACUCGGCACAACUAUCCAGAAUGGCUGCUGUUGUAGUGGGGUCACUUCAGGCAGACGCAGAUAACGAGGAUUCUAAGGACGACGACAGAGGCUCUACACCACCGGAUGGCCACGACACUGCUGACCCAUCUACUGUCACUCCUCAGAUCGACACCAUAGAUUUCGAUAAAUCACCCGAAAACCUAAUGCAGCCUAUCCUGAACGGAGACCAAUCGAUGAACGCCUUCAACCGAUUCAUGGAAGAAGAGAAUCACCGCAAGAGGCGCAAGGUUACAAAUAGCUCGCCAGUGGAGUUCGAUAAGAACAAUCAGAGUCUCAUGGAAGAUGCAAUGCUCGGUCUACCAGAAAACGUCAUCGCCGCAGUCCAGUUGGCCCAUAAGCAACAAAGUGAACCUCAAGAAUCUUCACAAGACCAUCAACAAGGUGACAGCGAAGACGAAGAUCAAGAAGAUUCUAACGUUUUCUAUUAA